UACGAUUGUGGAAGGAGAAUUCCGAGGACAUGUAGUUCAUUGGAAUAAGUAAGGUUAGGUUUCUCGAAAUGUCUAAAGAUGAUUCCAAGGAAAAACUUUGUGAUAGUGAACAGGACGAUCCCAAAUCUAAAGAGGAUUAUGAUCCCCGUUUGGACUUUCACAGCGAGAAGUUUGAUCCUUUAUUCGCUUUGUCAAAGGAGAAAAGUAAGGUGACUACAUAUAGUGCCAAAUGUUAUGAUAACCUGAGUGCCUAUGAAAGUGCUCAAAAGCCUAAGCCCGCGCAGAAGGAGCCUAAGGCGGGAAGUUCAAAAACUUCUCAAAAGACGGAAGAGAGCGAAAGACGAUUUCUUCCUCAUCAGAUGCCAAUACAAACCGUUCGUAAGAACAGAUCAAAUAUAUUCACCAGAAUGGAGGCAAUGAAAGGUCCUCUGCAAUUGCUGAAGAAAUGUAUGGAUGAACAUUUGAAGAUCAAGGUGUUCACCAGAAAUGCAACUACCAUCCGAGGAUAUUGCAUAGGAUAUGUUACAGCUUUCGAUAAACACUGGAAUUUGGCUCUCAAAGACAUAACAGAAAUAUGGACAAGGCGAAAAAGAAGGAAGACUGUAGCUCUUGUUUCAGAUGAAAACAGGUCCUACCAGAGGCAACGAAUUGUGGAACCACCUCCAAUAAAAAUAUUGAAAGUUACAAAAAAAGAAGAAGUUUGUUCAAGGAAAGUGGAUCAAUUCAUUAUGAGAGGAGAACAUGUUGUUUCGAUAUGUAUUCUUGAAAAAACCGAGAAUACAUAAAAAUUCUAUUUAAUAUUGUGUAAAUCGUUUUCGAUGAUUAAAUUUUGAUUACUACAGUGAGCAUUAUCUCUUCAUCUGUGUUAAUUUUGAAUCUUAUUGUUUUUCAUACCAAUUGCUGUGAUGAAUAUACUAUUUUCUAUAUCUCUGAAUAAAAUUCUUAUCUUCAUUGAA